AACGUUUUUCUCCACACGGCAAUCUAGUCCCAUUCCAUUCCGAGGCGAAGCUGAAGGGGAAGGCAGGGGCGGGAGGCAAUUGGAGGGCGACGAGGGGGGGCAAAAGCUUCUCCACUUGAGCGCCGGGAUGCCGGUAACGCGGAGGCGCGCCGCCGCCGCCGCGGCCCUGGCUGCGCCUGUGGUGGUGGAGGUGGAGGAGCGCGAUGCAGCGAUCGACAUCUCCUCCGAUUCCGAGGCGGAGUCAGAGUCGAGGUCGGAGGAUGAGGAGGAUUCAGAAUCGGAGGAAGAGGAGGACACGAGCGACGAGGACUUCGUCGAAAUCAGCGACAGCGACAGCGAGGCCGGUGAUGUCGAAGGCAGCGGCGAGGAGAGCGAGGAGGAGUCGGGGGCUGAGGCGGAGGUUAAGGCUGAGCAAUUGGGCGCGGAUCGGAGUGAGGCUGCCUGCAACAAAAUCGCCGGUCUCCUCCGCAGUGGGAGGAGUCUGGAGGGGAUUAAGCUUGUGGAGUGCAAGGCGUAUUUAAGGAAGAAUGGUCUUAGCCAAGUUGGGGACCUAGCCACUUGUGUAGACAGAAUAGUGCUUCAUUGGAGGUUUAAAGAUGGAGAUCCAGAGAGAAUUUAUCCAUGGUCAUCGUUCUGUAUCAACUGUAAAGGUGAUGUCUGUAGGGGCGAUGCUGUCCUAUUCAAACAGAAGGUGUAUGAGAAGAGUGGAAAAAGGCAUGCGAAAUGUAUAGGGAAGCGUAUAGUAGCUGGCAAAGUCAUUAAGGAAAGUUAUGGUAAAGAAAAGCAGCAACACACUUUCACGAUUCAAGUGUUUUGGAGCAAAGGAGUUGGGAAAUUAUCAACUUUGCAUCUGCUGCUUGUCAAAGGGCGCAACCUAUACAGAAUGAUGACUUUUCGUCAGCCUUGGGCAAAUGAAGCAGAAAGGCUGAAGGUUCUAGAAGAGAAGCACAGCAGAGGAGAUGAUGCAAGGCGUGUUCGUGCUUUGAAUAGACCUAAAUCUGCAGGAAACACUCUUAAGGGCAAGAAAAAGUUGGAAAAGGAAAAGCACAGGUCUCGAUCUGGAAGGCCUGAAUUCCGAUCUAAUAUCACUGAAGUGGAUAAAGGCAAAAAACGUCCUGCGCAAUCCUCCAAUUUUGAUCUGCCUAAUAAAAGAUCUAAGAAAGAAGGGUCCCAAGCGCCUUGUGGAAAAAAAUGCACUGGUGGUAGGAGGGCAAAGAAAAAUCAAGGCCACCUGGAUAAGAGCAUUCGUACCGGUCAUAGCAGUUCUCUAUGCAAUGACAACAGGGAGAAGAAUCAUGCUACCUUGCAGAAAAAAUGUCAUAUUGCUCCCCUCAACAAGGUUCUAUCUAGCACAGAAGUUGGGAUGAGUAAAAGGAUAGCUGUUUCUGAGCAACGGAACAAAAUUGGUGGCAGAAACACUCAAUUUGAAGGAAGACACGUAACUCAAGCUGUUCAUGUCGAGGCAAAUCAUGGAAAUUUUGUUGCAGUACAGCAUCCUUCUGUUCAGAGGCCCCAAUUGCCUCCAUUGCGUGAAGUUGCUAACGUCUUCCUGCCUCACCCUGGUGGGAGCCAUCCAGAUGCACUAUUCAACACUACAAUGGCUUUCCGACAUCAAAAUGGAGGAAUGGCUGGGCCACAUGCACCUGCAUAUUUUAGGGGGCUUCGACCCAAUCAGCAGAGGGUUGCAUUUUCAUCAGCCAACAUGCCACAAACUGUAUACCAUCCUCAUCCAGAAGCAGCAUAUGUUGUACCACACUUCAGACAUCCUAAUGGGAGUACUGGUUUUCAUCGAUGAGACAGUUUAGUUGCUGCCAGCUGUAUUUUUAUAGUUGCAUGGGUGGGUGUGGUGGAAAUAUAGUACCACCACUGAUUGGCUUCAUUGAGCACCGUGAUUGCAAUGCAAGCCAUGGGCCUCUUGGUACAUCGUAUAUGCAUAAGAUGGCUAAGAAAACAAUAUCAGGGCUUCGUGUGCUUCAAACGCGGAAAGUUGAAGGUAAACAAGAAUGCUUUAGAGAUAUCAGCUUCUGUUUGUUGGUUGAGUUUGUAGCAGGAAUGUUAGGCAAGAAACUGUACACCAAUGGUUUCUGAAAUUUGAGCUGAUAAUCUUAAUGAAGUCCAAUUGUCCAAAGUGGAUACGGGUUUCUGAAAUUUGAGGUCUGAUAAAUCUGAAUGAAACCCAAAAUUUUGUUACUCUGGGGAAACACAGCAGUCAGGUCGAAUCAAAGACUGCAAAUUAUUUCA